CGGGAGAAGAGUUUGUUUACCAUAGCUACGCAUAUAUUUCUUCAACUGCAAUCGACCCAGUUUAAAAUAUCGCCGUCUGAGCUUGUGCCAAGGUUUUCUUGUUUGGAUAGAAGAUGUUAUGACAUAAGUAACGUAUAUACCGGACCAAGUUACUGUUAUCGAUCGCGUCAAAGCAUCCCUUCCCUCCCCGACUGAUUGGCAGGUGUUCGCAGUAAUAUGCCAGAGGGAGCACGCGCCCCGUACCCCGGGUUCGAUGCCACUGGGUCGUACCAGACGCCCCGUCAGAUGCCGAGGGUGAAACCGGAAGCAGAAGAGAUUUCCCGGAAGCACAAAGGUUCAAUCAACUUGUUCGCAAUCGACGACAAGGACACGGGUCCCGGGGCAGCCCCUCCACCAGUUCCUAAAUGUAAUACCUACGCAGCUAAGCAAAACUACGAACUUGGCCGGACAGGAAACGUUGGCACUCUGUUGGGUGGCAAGGUUACGCCCCGUCCAGACCCAGGGGCGUGUCCCAAUGCCAGGGUCAAACCCGAGGCCUCGGGUAUCGCCGACAACCACAAAGGGAAGGGCACUGCAGCAUUGUUUACAAGCUAUGGUAAUGUACCAAGGUCCGCUCGAUCGGAACCAAGGGUCAAGCCUGAAGCACAAGUCAAUGCUUCUAUGGAUCUUGGAGGUCGAAUGAGUUCGAUUUUACACAAUCCAAAAGAUUUACCAGAGACCCCUAAACCUGUUCCAAGAGUGAAACCAGACGCUGACAACAAUGCGUCGUUGGGGAAAGGUAAACAGAUGAAUAAGAUCAUGUGUAAAUAUGGCGAAACUCCACGGUCGAUGCGGGCACCACGUGUUAAACCGGAAGCUGAAAACAACGCAGCGCUUGAUCAAGGCAAACGGAUGGGCAAUUUGUUCACGAGUUACGGCAAUCAGCCGACGUCUGCUCGACCGGCACCCCGAGUGACGUCGGGGGGUGAGGACUCGGCAAAUCUGGGCAAAGGCGGCCGGAUGUCCCGACUGAUGCACGACGCCGGCAGCUUCCCCGCGCCAUCGGCCCCGGCCCCAAGAGCAACCAACUCGGCAGCGAGGAGGAUUGUGAAGAAAAACCAAGGCACCAUGGGACAGAUAUUCUCACAGAGUUCGAAAUGGCACCUGGUUGCCCAGCCGGGCCGAAGUACCAAAGCGUUCUAGAGUGAAAUAAGGAUGUUAGUUAUAUCGUAACAUGGCUAGAACACUCUUGGUUGAGAACUGAGUAAAAACUCUUGAUUUAUGAUUAAAUGUUGUUAGUCGAAUUUAAGAACUUAUGGACUUUAGCUGUGAAUUACGAAACUUGGGCCGGUUCAACCAAGCCAUUUGAGCUGUACGCCAGUCAGUAUUAAGGUGUAUGGUUAAGGAUCAUUUAGCGCUAGAUGGUACUUUGAAAUACUACCUUUUCCAUUGAUAUAAGGGACAGAUAUUGUACCAAAGGGUACUUAAUCUAAUGCGCACGAACAUCUCUUUGUCUGAUAACGUUCUGGUUUUAAUGUUUGCUUCCACAUAGAAACACAAUGUAUAUUUGAGGUGUAAGUUUUCGCCAUGCAUUGAGAAAGAUGUUUCAAUAUGGUUAUCGAGCGCACAGUCUUCUUAGGAGUCUCCAUGUGUACGAGGCAAAACAGGACCUGCAACUUGAGUCUCGCCAAAUGUAAUGACACCGUAAAUAUGUUAUGGAGUUCUUGUGGUCAACCCAACAAAUUGUUAUAAGUUAUGUUUGCAUAUGUAACUGUACAAACACAAAGUGUAUUCAAACACAUUCAACUGAGCUUUUGACCAUUUACGGGCGGAAAUGCCUUCGCAAAUAGAUGAUGUUGCCGUCGGGAAAUAUGAAAAAUGUGUCUAUUUUGUACACAUUUUGUAUUUUGAGACUUACAUGUAUUUCUAUAUACAUUGUUGUAAAUAUUACCUUUAUAUUUGUUUUCCCAUUAAUUUUGAACGGAAUAUUUAGUUUAACUUAUAAUGCUUGAGGAGAUAAGACUAUUUUAAAGCAUACGAAACCUUGUAUAUUUUGCAUAAAAGUAACCUCGGCGGCAGAUGUGAAAUUGCAAUGAGAUUAAAAAUGCAAUACAUGUUGACAUUUCUAUUACUUAAACAUUUUUUUACAUGUCUGUAGUUCGUCACUGGUUAAGGGGCGGUGGGGUAGCCUAGUGGUGAAGCGUUCGAUUAUCCACAUGGUUACAAUGUGUGAAGCCCAUUUCCGGUGUCCCCCCGCCGUGAUAUUGCCAUAUUGCUAAAAGCGGCGUAAAACUAAACUCACUCACUCAUUGGUUGAGGUUGCAGUGUGUGUGCAUGUCUGGUACAUGUUGCGGUCCCCAUGUUGCCAAUGUACCGUCCGAUCACAAUGAAUCCUUAUAAAUCACUAUGCCCUGUGCACACCGCUGACCGAAUAGUAGGAUAUAUGUUGAUCGAAUUUGUAUGUAUAUAAUUAUGCAGCUGCUACUGAAAGAUGUUUUACAACCAACAGGACUGUGAUUGUUUUAUCAGGAAACUCUACAGUGUCUCGAUUUGUUAGAGCUUCAAGCGCAUGUAAAAUCAUAUUGUUGCAUUGCGAAAUCACCCGGGCCCCGUUCCGCGAAGUGAUCGAAGCGCUAAGAUGAUCGUAACUCCCAUGUUUUAACAUAGACUGAUGGCUAUCGUAGCGCUACAGUCGCAUUGUGAAAUGGGAUGUUGUUCACUAGCCGUGUUUUACGCCAAACAAAGUACAACUUUUGUGUCAGUGCGUAUGCUUUGUGUUUUAACAUUUCAUCUUGUUUGACUUUCUCUGCAAUUUUCUUGGAAUAUAUGGCUAUUUCCUUGUUGACCUUAUAUAGAUAUAUUUUCAGAGUACCUGCAAUAUUGUGAACCAAUUUUUCCUCUUUUGGGAUCUGUGCCUUUUCUAAUUGUAUCUAUUUUUUUUGUUGGAAUAGAGUAUUUCAAAAAUAUUUUGCGAAGUCAUAAUAUGUAUAAAAAGCGGCCUUCACAGAGUUCAUAUUAAUGUUAAAUUGAAGACUUUCAAGAAUAAAUUGAUACUUUGAUCAAAUUCA